AACUUCGCAUUUAAAAAGGACAUUCCCAAGUCUAAACAACUGGAAAUUGUAUACAAAUACAAGUAGCCAUUAUCAAAUGUUCCCUAGCACUGUCCUCAAUAUGGCGCCUAAUGCAGCAAUAACAAUUUUGUUUAUUUUAGAGAUACUCAGAACCUGUUAAAAAUAUUAAACAUGUCCCAUUGGACAUAUUUUGAAUGUGAAAUUUUGUAUAAAAAUGUGCAGGGACCACAAUGUGAUAAUCCUUUAGAUAACCUAGACAAAAAUAAAACACUGGAUAUUUGGGACCUGUUGGAAAUAUUAAAUUCGUCGCAUAGGACAUAUUUUAAAGCAAACAACUUAAGUGAAAAUACACAGCAUGGAAUAGAAAAGUCACGGAAAAAGACAUUUGAACUUUGUUUUCUGACAAUGUGCUUCGAUAUUACCUGUUCAGGUGUUGAUGCGGGAAAAGAUACUUGUACCUCGUUGAACACCUCUACAGAUAAAAGUACCCGCUUGAGGACUAGUGAUGCGUGUCCUUACUGCAUGAUUCUUAAUCCAAGAAUCAACGUGGAAAAGAAUAAACUAGAGAAACAAAAUGUCACUCAAAAAAGAGGUAUGUUAUGUUGUCUGUAUAAGAGGGUGAUUUGUAACAGAAUGGUUGUGAGUAAACAUGUUAUUAAUGGAAGUUUGAAUGGAAUAGGUGGACAAAUAAUGAACACUAUUUAAGUAUUAAUGUAUUGAUACAUUAUUUAACUUCAUUAAGAAUAGAUCCAA